GAUUAGGAAUCUGAGACAAAGUAACACUAUUUUUAGACUGGAAAGUAGCUUAGACGUCACUGCAUCUGAAAGUCUGGAUACAUUCUAUCAAUAUUGUUUUAUUCCCUAGGUGACAGCAGCAUGUUUGUGAAGACAGUAGCCUUGCUCGGCUUGGCCCUGGCAGUGAGUGCCAUUCCUUUGGAACACCCAGAGAAAGGCAAAAACUGGGUAGUCAUUGUUGCCGGUUCUAACAGCUGGUACAACUACAGGCAUCAGGCAGAUGCAUGCCACGCCUACCAGAUAGUCCACAAAAAUGGAAUUCCUGAUGAGCAGAUUGUUGUGAUGAUGUAUGAUGACCUCGCGCAGAAUGAAGAAAAUCCAACAAAGGGAAUUGUCAUUAAUAGGCCAAAUGGUACCGAUGUCUACAAAGGAGUUGUUAAGGACUACACUGGGGAGGAUGUAACCCCAAAGAAUUUCCUAGCGGUACUGGAAGGGGAUGCAGAGGCAGUACAGGGCGUUGGAUCUGGGAAGGUGCUGAAGAGCGGUCCAAAUGAUCAUGUGUUUGUUUACUUCACUGACCAUGGAGCCCCAGGCCUCCUGGCCUUUCCAAGUGAUGAUCUUCAUGUAAAGGAUCUUAACAAGACAAUCACAAAUAUGUACAAAAACAACAAAUACAAAAAGAUGGUGUUCUAUAUUGAGGCCUGUGAGUCUGGGUCAAUGAUGAACCAUCUGCCUGGCAAUAUUAAUGUGUACGCCACCACUGCUGCCAACUCCCACGAGUCCUCCUACGCCUGCUACUACGACGAGAAGAGAGAAACCUACCUGGGAGACUGGUACAGCGUCAACUGGAUGGAAGAUUCUGAUGUUGAGGAUCUGACUAAAGAAACCAUUAUACAACAGUUCAAGAUUGUGAAGAGCCACACUAAUACCAGUCAUGUGAUGCAGUAUGGAAACAAGACGUUAGCCCACAUGAAGGUGAUGCAGUUCCAGGGUAACUCUCAUGAGAACUCUCAGCCGGCCGCUCCCAUCAGCCUCCCCCCCAUCGAGGACCCUGACCUGGUCCCCAGCCCUGAUGUCCCCCUCGCCAUCCUCAAGAGGAAACUGAUGGCCACCAAUGACAUCUCCACUGCCAAGCGCUACUUGGAGGAGAUCAACUCACAUCUGAAGGUCAGAGAGCUGCUGAAGGAGACCAUGAGAAGGAUUGUGUCCGUGGUGACUGAAUCCAAGGAAAGGACAGAGCAGGCUCUCACUGACAGACUGGAGCUCACCACCAAGCAUGACUGCUACCAGGCUGCUGUGGAACACUACAAAACACGCUGCUUCAACUGGCACUCGCCCACGUAUGAAUAUGCUCUGAGACAACUCUAUGCUCUUGUGAACCUUUGUGAAGGAGGUUUUCCUGUUAACAGGAUCCAGGAGGCAAUGAACAAGGUGUGCUUCGCUUCAUAUUAAACCUCAUCUGUACCAAUUGAUGGAGGAGGUCACCUUUUCCUUGAAAAUAAGUUAUGUGGAGAGACAACAAACGUGGCUCUGAGCACUAAUGAAUCACUAUUUUGAUUUAGAAUUUUUAUAUUAUACAUACAUACAUACAUAUGUGUGUCUAUAUAUAUAUAUAUAUAUAUAUAUAUAUAUAUAUAUAUAUAUAUAUAUAAUAUAUAUAUAUAUAUGACACACGUGUGUGUGUCUUUUUAAUCUUGUUUUACAAAAAAAUCAUGUUUUCUUGAUUUCAUUUAUGAUGACAAAACACACUACUUUGACUAGGAAUAAUUUUUGGUUUUAACCAGUAUAUUAAAAUUACACCAGUUUGGCUGUUUUUAAAACAAAUGUUUUUGUUCGGCUUACUGUAGGGACUUGAAACUCUUAGAUCUUAACCCGUUAUUUUUAAAAGCGUUGAAACAAAAAAAGGGGCAGUGCCUUUACAUGUAUAAUUUUCAGUUGCCGGUAUCCCAGCACAAGGGUAUUUGUACUGCAUAAGCAGGUAGCACAGAAGUAGUAACCAGGCACCAAGUACAGUUAAACAGGUUAACUAUAUUAUGAACAUUACAAUUAUGAAUAAGAAUACAAAGUGCUAUACAGCCCCACCAGGCUCAGAAAUGCACUUUUAUCAGUCUCCUCUUUUGAGUGAACUACAUCAAAGGUGUUGACGUCUCCAAACACACUAUCAUCCUUGCUUAUGGAAUACCGCUUUGUUUUAAGUUGCACAUUUGAUGCUUCUAAAUUGUGGCUGUAAUAAAGGAAAAUAACUUGCAAACAACCCACCUAGUAGAUAAUGGCAUAAACGAUGCAUGGCAGGAUUGUAUCUCAGAAGUGCAAUGACUCGCUUUAUAACGUCAAUAUGCAAAGUAAAUACAUGACUUGUUAAAUACAAAACUGCCUGGUCCACUCUGCAACAGAUCUAGCCAAUGUUUAUAAUCAAUAAAACAAAACAAUUAAAGUCAGAA